AACAAUCAUCAUUCUAUCCCACUACCCAAUCUAACCCUACUACCAACUAUCUUUAAUCAUCCCCACCACUUAUGAAAAAGUAAAAGAAGAAAGAAAAAAAGUAAAAUUCAGUCAGGAAAACACAGUCGAGUUCUACUUUUAGCUUUUUGUUUUGUUCUCUCUUACUCUCUGUCUGAAUCCCGCCUACAGCUAUAACCAAGAAAUUGAGCUCCAAAUUUUUAUUUUACAAAAAAAAUGGGUACUCUGGUUUUAACAAUUUCCUUCAUUUUUCUCUGGUUUUCGUCAUCUUCUUCAUUAGCUCAAGCUACCACCUUUAAUGAUACAGAAGCAUUAACUAAGCUCCGCUUACAAACAGACACACAUGGUACUCUUCUUUCAAACUGGACUGGUUCUGAUGCAUGUUUAUCUUCUUGGAUAGGUGUUAGCUGUAUAGAUGGUAGAGUUACUUCUCUAUCGCUUCCUUCUCUUGAUUUAAGAGGCCCCAUUGGUUCACUUUCACAAAUGAGCCAACUACGUCUUCUUGAUCUUCAUUCUAAUAGGUUUAACUCAACAAUUCUAUCUAUUACUAAUUGUACUAAUCUUAAGUUACUUUAUCUUUCUGGUAAUGAUUUCACUGGCGAAAUACCUGUUUCUAUUGGUUCAUUACAACGUUUAAUUAGAUUAGAUUUGUCUGAUAAUAAUUUCCAUGGAAAUAUUCCUGACGAGAUUUCCAAACUUUCUCGGUUGAUGACUAUUCGUCUUCAGAACAAUCAGUUUUCUGGACAAGUUCCUGAUUUUUCUUCACUGCCUAAACUUUAUGAAUUGAAUUUGUCUAACAAUGGGUUUUCCGGGAAGAUCCCGGAGAGAUUGUUGGCUAAGUUUGGAGAAAAGAGUUUUGCUGGAAAUGCAGAUGUUUGUGGGUUUGGGUCUUUUCCUGCUUGUUCAUUUAGUAGUAGUAGUAAGUCUGCGCCGUCAGUUGCAGCAACUGCAGCUAAUUCUGUAGUUCCGUCAAACCCUUCUUCUUUUCCUGCUACACCAGUAGUUGAUAAGGGUAAAAAUGAGUCUGGUAGUAAAGGCUUGAGUAUCGGUUCCAUAGUUGCCAUUGUUGUCGGGAAUGCUGUAUUCUUACUAGUGAUUGGUUCUUUCGUUGUUGCUUACUGUGUUGGGUCAAGAGAGAAUUCGGGGUCGGAAAAGGGUGAAAGAGGUAGAAGAAGUUAUUAUAACGGUGAAAGGAGGGUUUACGCAAGUAAUGGAGGUGGAGGAGAAAGCGAUGGAACGACUGCGAGUGAUAGAAGUAAACUUGUGUUUUUUGAUAAUAGGAGGCAGUUUGUGCUCGAAGAUUUGCUUCGAGCUUCAGCUGAGAUGUUGGGGAAAGGGAACUUAGGGACUGUGUACAGAGCAUUACUUGAAGAUGGAUCUACUGUUGCUGUGAAGAGGCUUAAAGAUGCAAAUCCUUGUGAGAGAAAGGAAUUUGAACAGUACAUGGAUGUCAUUGGGAAGCUUAGACAUCCUAACAUUGUUCGUCUCAGAGCGUAUUACUAUGCAAAGGAAGAGAAGCUUCUUGUUUAUGAUUACCUUUCAAAUGGAAGCUUGCAUUCUCUUUUGCAUGGGAAUCGUGGAGCUGGAAGGAUUCCAUUAGAUUGGACCACAAGAAUCAGCUUAGUGUUUGGAGCAGCUCGUGGGCUGGCUCGAAUUCAUGAAGAAUAUAGUGAAUCGAAAGUGCCACACGGAAACGUCAAAUCAUCCAAUGUGUUACUUGACAAGAAUGGAGUUGCUUGCAUUUCUGAUUUUGGAUUGGCAUUGCUUCUUAAUCCCAUCCAUGCAACUGCCAGACUGGGAGGUUAUAGAGCACCUGAACAAGCACAAACUAAGACGCUCUCACAGAAAGCAGAUGUUUACAGUUUUGGAAUCUUGCUCUUGGAAGUCCUCACUGGGAAGGCUCCAACUAUGUAUCCUUUGCCAAGCAAUCCUCGUCAGGAGAAUGAACAUGCGGUUGAUCUUCCAACUUGGGUUCGUUCAGUUGUCAGGGACGAGUGGACUGCUGAGGUAUUUGAUCCUGAACUGUUGCGGUACAAGAACAUAGAGGAGGAAUUGGUGGCAAUGCUUCAUAUUGGUUUAGCUUGUGUGGCUCAGCAGGCAGACAUGAGGCCCACCAUGUUAGAAGUUGCAAAAAUGAUCGAGGAGUUUCGGGUGGAGCAGUCACCAAUGGCAGAUGAUUCAGAUUGGCGUGGUUCCGUCUCGCCAUCUCUUGUUACCACAGAAGAUGCAAUGACCAACUACUGAGCCCACCUCAGUUUCCUUCAAUGACAUCUGUUCUUGCUACUAUCGCUGGUUGUAAUAGUUGUAUAACUUUUCCCUUGCCUGCAUUGUCUCUAUGCAGAAUGCUGUUAGUUCCUCCAAAGACUUUCUUCUUUGCUUCUAAUGUUAAGUUUUUGGUUUCCAUUAAUGUUAGUUUAUCAGCAGUAA